AUGAACCGCAUGAAGACCGACACGUUCGGUCGAGCUCUGCGCUUGGGACAGGAAGUGAAGAGAAUAAUCACGCAUAUCCGAUCCCGCAGUCGGAAGGUACCCGUAGGUUUGCUCACGAACUCUUGGCCGGUACGCUGGCGGUUACCACUUGUCGCAUCGGAAUCCGAAGCUCAUACCUUUGCAGCUGCGCAACAGAACCAGUCAAACGGUCUAUCACAACAACUGAAGGACAACACCAUGGCAGACGCCCGUAGUAGUUCUCGUGAAAUUCAAGCUGCAGCCGAACUGGAUGGUGAACCUCGUCCUCAAGUGCCGACUUGGUCAGUGGCCAACGCAAAGGAAUCAAAACCUCUAGCCGAGCCUGAAGUCCAGAGGACCGAGAACAAGGUCGAUGUGGAGCUCCCUAAUGGAAGUCAUGCAGCUUCGGCGGACACUGAUGCACAAUCUGAUAUCGACGAACUACUCAUCGGUGGUGAUGCUGAACCGGAACCGCCACGUUAUGAUGGCGAUUUCGACAUCGAAAGACACGACUAUUGGUGGAACCUUCUGGAUUCGGAUAAUCCUCGUCAUGCUAGAGCGUCCAAGGGCAUGCGCUACGGUACAGAACGUAAUCCUAGAUGCGAUACUUGUGAGCGACAGAACAGGGCAUGUAUGACGCGGCCGAACAGUCACGACAAGACGGGAUGUGUUCGAUGUUCUUACACACAGAGCGGGUGCUCACAUGCUAGAGAAGCCAGAGAGUCUCACCAACAACGGACUGGUUUCCCGCUUCUAAAAAUUGGAAGCGCCCGCAAACGAGAUGACAUGGACGAUGAUGAUUCUCGUAGCCCUCCUGUCGAAAUCGCAGCCAAGCGACCACGCUUGUCGAGUUACAGCGGCGGCAUCCAAGAGAGCGGCAGAGGCUUGAAUGCUACACCUUCGCGGCCUACAUUUGAUGCGCCUGCUUCCCCGAAUCUUCGCUUUUCUCCAAACAUUAUGGGACCGAUGGCGCCAGAAAGAGAGCGGAGCGGUGUCAACGGUGACAGUUCACGAUCUACUCGACACGAUGCCGACACCCGCCAGUACUAUGAUUCGCGCAACGACCAGCCUCGACCAGAUGACAGAUAUCAAGACCACGACCGUUAUGAAGUUUCUGCCCGCGACAUGAACAAUUUGUUCAGUCUGGUCAAAGAUCUUCAACGCGAAGUAAGAACUCUUCGCAGCAAGUUGACUGGCGUGGAGGCGCGUGUGGACAACAUUAGCGGAGCUGUCGAUAUUUACAGGUCGUAG